AUGAAGUUUUACUCGGCGUUUGUACUAGGCUGGUGCUCAGUAGCAUUGUUUUUCGAAAUCGUGUAUCCAGCAGUAGGACAAGAUCUAAGUGAUCCGGACCUGAAGGUAAUGUUGGUGGACUACGAAACUGAGCAUAUGGCGGAAAGCUACCGUUUCAAAUACGCAACCGAUGAUGGACAAACUCGAGAGGAGAUGGGUUUACUGAUGAAUCCUGGAACACCGAAUGAGGAGCUAGUCGUAGUUGGAAUGUACGGUUACGAAACCUUUGACGGUGUAAAAGUGAUGGUGAUGUAUGUUAGUGGAAAGAAAGGUUACCGGACCAAGACAAAAACUCGAUUACUUGCUAACUCGGAGCGGAAUAGGAAACUGCUGAGAUCGUUGGUUGGAUAGGUUGGAAAUUGAAAAAUAGACUGAUGUAGAUUAGAGCGGAUUAAAAAUUGUGCAAUGCUUGACACAAUAUCACAAACCUAUUUUCCAAAGUAAUAUAAUAUACCAUAGUGCAGUGUAGUGAUAACUUGAAAAAAAUACGUCGGUGUACUAGACUUGUACUAGAAACUUAACAA